UUCCUCGAAAAGCCGAUAAAAAAAAAUAAGAAAAAGAAGAAAAUUGGGCACCCACUAUCCUGGGCAUUAGGUAUGAAGUCUGACUCAAGUCAUCCCAAGCAAAUGGCCUCCUUUACAACCAAGCACAGUAGUAGUGGAAUAAAGUGAACCAAACUUCUACUUACUCCAUUCCCUUUUGCUCCAUUAUAUAAGGAACUCGAUUCCCCCAUAACCAUCAUCUCAAAACAGCUUUUCUCUCAGUCCCUCAUUCUCACUCUCACACAAAUACAACACACGAUGGCAAACCCUUGUGCUAGAUUUGUUUGUUUGAUCGUGAUCUUGUGUUCUGCUGUACCAAGCUUGGCCACUGUUUACACCGUCGGCGAUGCCGGCGGUUGGGCUUUGGGUGUUGAUUACAGCACCUGGACCAGUGGGAAGACCUUCUCAGUUGGCGACAGCCUUGAUUUCCGAUAUGCAAGUGGCCAUACUGUGGAUGAAGUGAGUUCAAGCGACUAUGGCACAUGCACUGUGGGCAAUUCGAUCAGUACAGACAGCAGUGGCGCCACCACCAUCCCUCUAAAGACUGCCGGAACCCAUUACUUCAUCUGUGGUGUAAUGGGCCAUUGUGGCAAUGGCAUGAAAAUAGCCGUUACCGUCGCCGGAGGAGCCACCACUUCGCCGUCGGGAAGUACCGCUCCACCUUCUGGCGUUACUACUUCUCCGGCAACUCCAACCGGCACUACGAAGACCCCACCUUCGUCCACUGUUACAGGAUCAUCUUCAGCCGGGACUCUCUCUCCAUUUAUGGCAGUGGUAGUUACUUGGGUUGUAGUAAUGUUUAAGUUGGUUCUCUCAUAAGUUUGGCAAGGGUUCCAUACCCUAGCCAGGAUAGAGGCAGUGCUCUCUCUCUCUCUCUCUCUCUCUCUUUCUCUAUUGUAUUGAGAUUUUCUUAUUGGUACUAUUGAGUAGGUUAUUUGCGAUGAUGACCAUAUUAUUAAGGGUUCAUUACCCUGGUGUGUUUUUUUGUAAUUCUAGCUAUUUCCAAUUAAUGAACAUAAGGUUUGAUAACACAAAGAAAGAAAAGGUUCGGU